AAAGAUUCUUUUCUACUGCUGCUUCCUCUCCCUUGACAAAAAAGCAAAAGACCUAGAUGAAAAUCAUAUAGAUCGCCCAAAUAAUGCUGCAGAUCAAUUCAUGGAAGAAGAGUAGGUCUCCGUCUCUCGCUCUCUCUUGCCCAAAAGCGCUCAAGGACGACUAGAUCUAAGCAUGGCCGAAUUCUUAGAAUACCCAAAAGAAUAUGACGAUCGAGUAACCAGAAGAACCAGCUCAAUUUCACAGUCGUCGUCGUCAUCAUCAUCGACCAGCGUUCAUGUCACAGCACUGGAUGGUCUCGUGAACGUCAACUCCCUCUUCACCAUAGCCGUCUUCGUUGGGUUAUCCUUUACCACACCAGGCCAGCACAGCCUAGAGAACACAAACGUAUGCGAUGCGGGACUCGACAUAGAGAAGAAGCUCCUGGUCUUCGAGGUGGUUUCUUUCAGUUUCUUCCUCUUCUCAAGCUUGGUGGCUCAGGGUUUGAAGCUUGCACUGAAUCUUCUCAACAGUAAGGACGUUGAUGAAGUCUUCAAGGCACACAUAAAUCUCAAGGUUCUGAGGUUUGGGAUGCUGGGAUCUGCAGUGGGUUCGGUGAUGGGGUGCCUUUUCUUGAUGUUGUCUAUAGUUAAUGUGAUUCAGAUCAGGCUGGGGAUGCUGUCCUGUGGCAGCAAGCAUGCGGUUGAUUCAGUGGCUGCUUUGGUCACAUUGGUCUCUACGGGUCUGAUCGUCUAUAUUUCCACAGCUAUAUAUGCUUUCACACAUUAGUAUACUAAUUUGAACUCAGAAGAGGAGGGUGAUGAACGCUUUGCUUGGCUCGAGGGUUCUGUUUGUCAUAUGGAGGAAUUUGCUAAGCAUCAGAUGAGGGUUCUUUUCAUUGGCUGUAUGACCCUAAAGAACCUGCAUUUUGCCAGCUGGCAAAAUCUUGUGUCUGGGGUGAACAAGAUCCUUAAACCCUAUUUCUGCCCCCAUAAUUUGUCACUUGCCUAUUGUUUGGAGGUUAGGGUCAACAUUUGGUAAUGACUAGGAUGGGUUUAUCUGUUUUUGUUGAAACUUGAAAGACUUAUGAAUGGAAAAGUUUGAGACAUGUAAAUCAAAUGAAGGAUGAAUGUUUUACUUGCACGAAGGGUUUUCUAUUUUUCUUUGUAAUCUGAGGAUUUAUUUGCCAAGUAUCAGAUGAGGGUCUUUUCAGUAGUUGUAAUUUGUAAAUCUAAAGAGAACGUGCAUUUUGCUUGUGGCUGUGGUGAAGAAGAUGCUUAAACCCCAUUCCUUGUUGGUAAGUGGCCCGAGGCCCUCAAUUGGAAUAACUUGAUGUAUGGAUAAAUCUUAUGGCCAA